AUGUCGGCUAAACUUACCGAUUACGAUGCUAUUGUCGUCGCGGCAGGUUUCGGUGGUAUUCGGACACUAUUGGAGCUUGUCCAGACCAGCCUGACCGUCAAGUGCUUUGAAGCUGGGUCGAAUGUUGGCGGCGCAUGCAUGAAUUUCGCGCCAGAGCUGAAGGAGGAAUGGAAUUAUCGUGAACGCUAUCCUUCACAGGAUGAUGUUAAACGAUAUUUGGGCCAUAUUACUGACCACUUUGAUUUACGGAAGAAGAUCGAGUUUGACACACGUAUCGCGAGCGCGCAUUACAGUGACAGCCAGAAAACUUGGACCAUCACCAUCACAGUAGCGUCGUCGACAACUUAUCGUUACUUCCGCACACUGAAUUACGUCCUACCGGGUCGAAAAUAUACGUUUAAUGAGUAUCAAAAAGCUGCUAUUAAGCAAAACUAUAAUACCACAUGGAAUCGCAUCAGACAGAUUCUGGACUCUAGCUGGCAAUCUGGUGGCUUCCAUUUCCAAUUUGAGACCUUUAAUGACCUUAUUACGGACAUAAGAUCGAAUGAAAUUGCCUCUGAGUACCUACGAAAGAAGAUUCGAGCUAUCAUCAAGGAACUAGAGACGGUAGAAGCCCUCUACCCUAAAUACCCCUUCCUUUCUAAACGUCCACCAUGUGGCCACUUCUACUACGAGACGUUUAAUCGAUCCAACGUUAAGCUAGUAGACGUCAGCCGUGAUGAUAUAAAUGUAUUCGAAAACGGCAUUCGUCUUGGCUCUGGGGUCGAAUAUGAGUUUAAUAUGAUUAUUUUUGCACUAGGAUUCGAUGCUGCCACUGGGGCGCUCAGUGAGUUCGAGGUGAAAGGCACUGGAGGUAAAGUCCUGAAGGAUUACUGGGAAAGGAGGCUUGAAACAUUUGCCGGAGCUCUCGUCCCGGGCUUUCCCAACAUAUUCAUCGUCUGUGGCCCAUAUGUGCCAUUUGGAAACAUGCCAGUUGUCUAA